AUGCUGGAUUUACCACCUGUUUUUAGUAAACCUUCAUUUGAACCAAUGCAGUCGUCAUGCUUUUGUAAAAACAGACAUAUCCCGUGCGAUUGUAAUUGUAAACAGUGCUUAAUACAUAUAGAACCCUUCUCAGGAGAACCACAAAUGAAGAUGCGCUCACUAGAGGAGCAAAAAGGCACAGGAGUUCAACGUUGUUCACUAUGUUCUAUGAAGCAAAAUGACGAUAACCUAAAAGAAUUAAAUGAAAAUACUUUAAACAUUCAUGUUAAAGUAGAUUUACAGUUACCAAAAUUACUGGAAAAUGUUGCGAAGAAUAAAAACCAUAAUCUUUUUAGAGGAACUGACCCAGAAGAUACAAUUUCUAAAGAACUUACAACAGCAAUAAAAUUACCAUUUCCAUACUUUAAUUUGCCGGCCCCUUUGGAGCUUUUUGGUUACCAAAAGCCACAAAAAUAUAACAAGGACGAUUCCAUACCGUUACACAAAUUAAUGCUCCAUAAAAAGAAGAAAUCCAGAAUUAACAAUAAUAAUAAAAAACACCGCAAAAAAAUAAUAACAUUCCAUAACAUCAAACUGGAACAGGAAUCUUUAUUUCCAACACGUUUUGAAGAUAAUAAUACAAUUAAAAAUAACAAUAAAAGUAGCAAUGUAAAUGAAACUAUGAUGGAACCUAGUAAUAUAUUACAACUUGAUAUUAAUUCCAUGAUAAAUAAAAGCGAUGCAAUCAUAAAUGAAUCACAGACUGAGGAAAGUCUUCUCCUAACGUUUAACAUUUCCAACACUGUAUAUAACACAACAGAAGACAGUCGAAAAUUUGAGAAUAGCAUUGAAACAGAUUUCCCGAAAAUGAUAUCAAACGGAACUACUAAUCUGCCAAUUGUACGUCAAAAACGCGAUACCAACAAAAAGCCUGAUAAGACCCUGCUAACUGAUGCUGAGUUGCUUUAUUGGCCUAGUGUUGGGCCAAACGAGUCCCUUACUAAUAAGAAAAACAUCACUAAAAUAAUAUUAGAAAAUGAACACAAGAAAACAAAAAUAAACAUGAGUAAAGAAACGUUGCGUCAAAACCACACGAAAGUUUUAGAACAAGCCAUAUUUGGUGAAGUGGAUUGGGAUGAUAUAGACACUGUCGCUCCAGCUUUUAUGUCCUUUGUCGGAAAAUAUGUUCGUGGCAUCUUAACAUUUUGUUCUCAACAAGUUUGUCAUUCAAUGAAUUGCGCUGAUAAAACAUGUCUGCACAGGGUGUGCGCACCGGCAAAUAGACUAAAUAAUAAAGGACAUUGUGCCGGUUCAAAAAGUACAGAUAGCGUCGCAUCAAUGGAGUCAAUAAUGGAUUUGCCUUCAAACAUUGCAUUCGAAGUCGUGGAUAUAUUACAAAAUAAAAUGUUGGGUAAGAUAUUUGGAAAAGCUACAUUUUGCAUUAAUUCCAAGUGUAUUACUCUCGUUGCAUCUAAAAAGACAUUCAUGAAAUCGAGAUGUACCGUUAAGGAGUUAAAUACGACAGGUCACUGUUCCAAUGCCAAAACAUUGAAAACUAUGUGA